AUGACUAUCAUUAAUAAUGAAGAAGGUAAUAAUAAUAAUGCAUGUAACUGUAACUAGUUUGAAGAGUUACCACCUUUAUGUUGGUCAAUAUUAACAAAAACAAUCUGUUAAAUAUUAAGGGUUUUAUAACCUGAUAGAGGGUGUCCGAAAACAGGAAGUGAUAUGGUAAUGUCCAUCAAGUUUCACAUUGGGCUCAGAAAUCAGCAGCAGAGCAGCAGGUGAACAUGUCUGCUGGAGAAGAUUCAGUCGUGUGUGUGUCACUAUGCCAAGGGUUUCUGAAGAAAAGAAAAGAUAAAAUAAAGCUGAGGUGGGUUACUUACUGGUUCAAACUUCAUAACGCAACCCUUUUCUUCUACAAUAUAAAACAUGGAAGAACUUCAGACCUCAGAGGACAGUAUUACCUUAUUGAGGUCGAGUCUGUGCGUGAGAUAAUGUGGACUAAGAAAAAGCACUAUAUUUUUGAGAUCGCUAUGAAAAACGGGAAGAGGAAAGUCCUGGCUGCAGAAACAGCAGAUCUCAGACAGCAGUGGAUGUGCCAGCUUUUGCAAGCAAUGAACCAUCAUGUGUAUAACACCCCUGAGCCGAAGCCACUCUGUCACCCUGCUGAGCCUGACUCACCCAGCAUGCCGUCUGACGCUGUUACACCAAACAGAACCUCCCAUAUCUACAUUGAUCUUGACAUGCCCCAGGAUGAGAGCAGUCAGUACGCAGAGGAUGAAGUCAAACAGAAGGCUGAAGUGAUUGAACUCGAGAAUGAUUAUGACGUCCUGCCACUUUGCAAACCCCUGCACUCGGAGGAAGUCAUUUAUGAUACACCUCAAUCAACCCGGCGAGCCAGUGAGCGAGUCCAUGAAGCAACCGAAAGCAUCUAUGAUGUCCCAAAGUAUGCAUUUAGGGAAACAUCAGUGAAUGAAGGCUCUUGUGCUAAAGAGCUCCCUGAGAUCACAGGUCUCCUCCAUGACAUGGUGACGUGUUUAGGGGGAAACUCUGCAGACUGGGUCAGAGCGACUGCUCCAGAAGCCAUCUGUCAACCUUAGCCACACUGUAAAGACAAGCAUUUAUUGUGAUAGACUUCAGACAGCAAAUUGGACUCAUUCCUGUACACACUUGUAUAUGAUUAGAUGCAUAUCUUGCAUUUUAUUUCUCUUCUACCCAUCAUCAAAAAUUUCAUUUUGAAUUAACUGCUAUUUUUGUUAUUUUAGUUUUAUGCAAAAUGUUUUUCAUAAUGAGCAUGAGAUCAGCGUGAUCAGUCUGCCAUUUUGAUAUAGAGACUGGCCCUGGGGCUACAAAGUGGCAUAAGAGAAAAGUACUAGCCCUAUCAUCCGGACAUCGCCGGAGGUCAAAUCCAGACGAUGCCACAGCCAUCUGAGUGUGUUACACCGGCCCGUGACACAGCAUGAGCAGCAGAGGCAGUUAGCUGUUUGGAAGCAGGGCCAUUUCUGAACACAUGGAGGUCCUAGGCAGCGUCAAACCUACUGUGCUAAUUGUAUUAUUUUAUAUGCAAAAACUAAUACAAUUAAUGCGGAUUAAUAAACAAUAAACUAAAAAGGACUGAACAAGAACUAUAUACACUAAAACAAUUAAAUCAUCAAAACCUAAUCUGAUCUGCAGAAACAUGCUCCUCAGGAGCAACAGCCCAACACCAGUACUUAAGAAUCUGGAACCUCUGAGAUUUAAAAAGUCUGUUUUGAUGAAAUUAUUGAAAUGGAAACGUCUGCAGCUUUUUGUUGUUGUUGUUCAAAUAAAAAAUUAAAUUAAAUUUUGGCUCAUUUUGGCAAAUCUUGGAUGACCAACUGAUAAUCAGAUCAUACUCUCGUUAUCAGUCAUGUGCUCAUGGAUAAGGCAAAAAAGGCAGCAGAUUUUGUCGUCAUUUCUUAAAGUAAGCAAAAGUGAUGAGGCAAAACCAGAUGUUACAAAACAUAAACAUAUAAAUAAGGACAUCUGAGGACCAUAAAUACUUGAAGCAAGUUACAGAUGAUUUUUAGCAGGUUAUAUCCACACGUCUCUGAAGACAUGCGCUGGCUCAGAGCCAAUUUUAAGCAUCAUAGAAGCCAAUGCAGCAUUUUUAUACAACUUUGAUAAGGAGAAAGGUUACAGCUAAGAGUUAUUAAUAUCAGCAUUGUCAAAAUGGCUCUUUAAAAACUGUCUUUAAGACACUCUUACAGUCCCCAUGACAUGCGUAGAUUUGAUUUAGAAAUCAUUGUUGAAGAGUCUUGAGACCUCAGAGGAGAAAUCCUUCAUUCAGAUGGUGUGAUGCUCAUGCUGCAUAUUAUUAGCUACGAUGUAAUCAAAUCAAAUCAAAUGUACCUCUUAUGUGAUGGUCUUUUUUUUUUUUUUUAAUGGAAAAUUACAACUGAGAAACUGUACCAGUAAAGUGUUUACAUUUAUCAGUGCAGCUGCAACUUCUUAUAGCCUAAAAAUCACACAGUGAUGUUUUGUAUAUUAAAGAUAAAUGUAAUGCUGAGCAAAGCAGAUGGAUCAAAUCAACUGUCUAAAAAUCUUAAAUUCAUAUUCAACCUUGAGAGUAUUUAGACUUUUCUUUAAUACCAUUCAUAGAGCAGGGAAAGUAGCACCACCAACAAAAAGCUGUUAUUUGCUUUAAAAUGCUGUUUAUAUGCUGGAAUUCCUCUUAUGUAGCCGGAUGUUAUUCACAAAGAGACACGCUUGAAUUAAAUGUCCUAAUAUUAAGUUAUUAC